UGAUCACUCGAUAUAGCUAGCAAUCACGCGCCUUGCCCAUCUCUUACCCCAGCUCUUCUUUCGGUGCAACCUCCAGGGUACACUCCAUAUAGCCCGCCAUCGGCCCAUCGCUCUCGGUCCAGUACUACAGUGGUGCCCCCAUCUUCUUCUACCAUCUCUCUCUGCCUUUCCUCUUCCCUUCUGCUUUCUUGCCGAUCCAUCGAGCGCCCGGAGACUAGAGUUCGCGGUGACGCCAUGCCGGCUGGAGUUGCACGGCCACCGUAAGGCUCCAGCAGGGAGCGGACGGCAGCACCCAACAGAGCUGGGACUGGGACGAAGGAGGAGAUGGCAGGUCUGAGCGACUUCGAGUUUUUCAAGAUCCUGAUCCCAGGGAUGUACGAGGAAGCACUGAGGCUGCCCACAAAGUUCGGUGAGAUCCUCGGAGCUCGCCGGGAUCUGAAGCUGCGGCUCACCGGCGGAGAGAUGAUGCCGCUGUGGGACGUGGAAGUCUUCGUCGACGAGAAGAACGGCGACAUGUACCUCCACAAAGGCUGGAAAAAGUUCGCCCGCGCACACGACCUCCGCAAAGGGUACAUGCUCGUCUUCCGCUACGACGACGACGGCCGUGGCGACCUCGUCGUCACGGUCUUUGACCUCACCACCUGCCGCAAGGAGUACCUGCACGCCGGCGCCGGUGGCGGCGGAAACACCAACCCUGGCGCCGGCGGCGGACGCUCGCUGCCCAUCGCGGAGCCGUCGCAUUUCGCCGUGACCCUCCGGCAGUGCAACCUGGAGGCGAAGCAGAACCAGUACCUGAACGUGCCCGUGGAGUUUCAGGACGCGCACGGGUACGUCCGCCGGCGCCGGGUGGAGCUGCAGAUGGGCGGGCGCUCAUGGAUGGUGAACCUGAAGCGCAGCAAGCGGCUGCUCGGCGACCGCUCGUCCUUCAAGUACGGGUGGCAUCAGUUCUGCGUCGACAACGGUCUCAAGGUCGGCGACGUCUGCUUCUUCCGGGUGAUCCGCGAGGGCAGCCGUUGCGGCGACGACGACGAAGAUGAAGAGUGGGAGCCGGAGGAGGAGGACGAUGAGCACGUGCUCAAGGUGGAGGUACGCAAGAAGAACGGCACGUUCGUCUCCUGAUCUCAUCGCAACCAAUAAGUCGAUGAGAGCAGUUCCUGCCACACUGUCAGUAGGAAAUCAUUAGUUAUUAGGAGUACUGUGCUUCUGAUGGAUUAGAUUGUUCGUCUGAACCUGUCAUUGGCGUGAUUGUCUCUGUUCUAGAAUUACUCUAUUCUAGUGUUAUUAUAUAUGCUGGUGGGUUUGAUGGGAAUUGUAAUCAGACGAACAGCGUCCAAAAUAAGUUAGCAACUCGUACUACUCUGAUGGUGGUCAUGGAAUCCCUAUAAAAGCAUUUGUUCAUAAAAAGCUUAGAUUGUGUUGCUCGUACUUGAUGUACAGUAAUCAAAAUUAUUCUUGAAAGAA